AUGAGGACCCAAAGAACACAUUUUGAAGGGUGCCUCAAUGAGGGCAAGGGGUACCAUUGCCAAUGGUGCCCCUUCACAAAGGACAAGGCCAAUUUUACGAUGCACAUCAAAUUUAAUAAAUGUUGCGGCAAGGUGGGUGCAAGUAUGGAUGACGCCCCCGCCCCCGCCAGUGCCCCCACCCCCGCAAGGGAUGGCGCCCAGUGCCCGGCCACAGCAACGGAGUGCGCCCCGGCCUCGGCCCCCGCAAGGGAUGGCGCCCAGUGCCCGGCCACAGCAACGGAGUGCGCCCCGGCCCCGGCCACAGCAACGGAUGGCGCCCAGUCCCCCACCCCCGCAAGGGAUGGCGCCCAGUCCCCCACCCUCGCAAGGGAUGGCGCCCAGUGCCCGGCCACUGCAACGGAGUGCGCCCCGGCCCCGGCCACAGCCCCGGCCCCGGCCCCGGCCACUGCAACGGAGUGCGCCCAGUGCCCGGCCACUGCAACGGAGUGCGCCCAGUCCCCCACCCAGGAUGGCGCCCAGUCCCCCACCCUCGCAAGGGAUGGCGCCCAGUGCCCGGCCAGUGAUGACGCCACCGUCAGUGAUGACGCCACCGCCAACACAACCUGCGACAACGCCGCCGCCCCCGAGCCGUCCAGUGGCAACGCUAGUGCCAGCUAG